AUGACCGACUACCAUCGCACCAAGCUCCGCGCGCAACAGCUGCAGGAGGAGCGUGAUGCAGAGAUCAAGCGGGAAGCGGCAGCGCGGAAAGAGAAGGACCUCGCUGCUGCCAAGGACCUGGAGGCUCGGCGGAAGCGACUAGACGAAGCUGCAGCCGAAGCGCGGCGAAAAGAGCUCAUGGCUGCAAACGCCGCUCUCACGACUGCUCCUGCCCCGGUACCCCUCUCGGCUCGACAGGUCGAGUACAACCCAUUCGCGGAGGAUGAGUUUGCCCCUUCGUCCCUCGCCGGCCCGAGCACGAAAAGCAAGCUCGUCCCUGGCGGCGGCAAGUUGGGCAGCGCCAACAUCUCUACCAAGGCCUCGUCGAACGGUACUGCCCGCAAUACAGGCGGAAAGGCACGGAGCAAGCGGGAAGACUCACCACCGCUCAAUCUCGGCCGGAAAGAGAAGGCCGCGCGCGCGAUGGCGCAGCAGCUCAAAAAGUCGGGCAAGAACGAGUCGCUCUUCUCGGUCCGGCAUCUGGUAAACAGAGACGAGAAGGGCGGGUCGAUCUCGCCUGCGCCGAGGGCGCCGUAUCAGCCGAAUCUACCGCAAAAGCCCGUCGCGCCCCCGGCGGCUGCUAGGAAGAUGAUUGCGCCGGGCAAGAAGGGGGCGGGUGCGGCCAAUGAGAUGCGUAAGCUUGCGCCGGGGCGGGAUGGGUGGGACAGGCGGUCAAUCGAUGAGAUUGCGAGGGAUCUCAAGGCGAAGCGGCCGCAGGUGGAGGGGAUGGGCCGGACGAACAGCGCGGAUGAGGUCAGAGCGGGGUCGAAGGUGGUCGGCGUCAAGAGGCCAAGGAGCACAUCGCCGGCAAAGGCCUCGGCCAAGCCGAAAGCUCGUCCACCACCCAUACCGUCUUCGGCUCGGCCACCACCGGUAUCGUCCUCUGCGCGUCCGUCCUCUUCGGCGGUACAGACUAAACGCCCACGCCCACGCUCUCCAUCUACAUCAUCCUCGUCUGCCUCUCCUCCGCGCCGCGGCCUGCCAGACCUGGACCCGGACGAUGUCGCCGGUGUCUCUGCUACCAUCCAAGCGUUGUUCCGGCGGCCAGGUGCCAAACCGGCCAAAUACGCCGAUAGCGACGCGUCGAGCGAUAUGGAGGCUGGAAUGAGCGAUGUCGAGGAGGAAGAGAGGCGGGCGGCGCGGAUAGCCAGGCGAGAGGAUGAGCUGGCGGAGAAGGAGGAGCGCGAGCAUAGGGAGAGGAAGGAGCGGAUGAAGAGGGAGAGGAGGUAA